AUGAAAAAUGAUAAAAAAUUAGACUUAUAUGAAAUAUUAGGUGUCGAUAAAAAAGCGACUGCAAAGGAAAUAGCCAAGGCAUACAGAAUAUUAGCUUUGACUUAUCACCCAGACAAGUUUUUAUCUAACAGUAAAAAGAUAAAUAAUAAAGGAAAUAAAAAUGAUGAAGAUGAAACAUUAACAUUAGAAAAAUGCAAAGAAAUGUUUUUGCAAAUACAAAAAGCAUAUGAAAUAUUAAAAGAUCCUGAAAAAAGACAAAAUUAUGAUGAAUUUGGAUUAGAAGAAGAUUUUGAUGAGUUCAAAAAUUUUCUUGAUCCAAAAUUAUUUCAUUCUAGAAUCAAAGUAGAAGACAUAUUAAAAUAUGAACAGAAAUAUAAAAAUAGCCAAGAUGAAAAAGAAGAUUUAAUUCAAUUUUAUAAUAAAUUUAAUGGUGAUAUUAAACAUAUUCUUGAAUAUAUUCCAUUUAGUGAUACAUCUGAUUUAGAUAGAUUUGUAAAAAUAUUUGACGACCUUUUUAAAGAUAAACAAUUAGAAAAAACUAAAGAUUAUGAAAAGUCAUUAAAAAAUAUAAAUAAUAUUAUUAAAUCAUAUGAAAAUAUAAUUAAAAAAGAUAAUAAUCGUGCUGGUAAUAAAAAACCAAAAAAAAGAAAAGUAGAAGAACCUAUUGAUGAUUUAGUUUUAGCUAUUAGAAAUAAUGAAGCAAGAAGGAAUCAACAAAUAAACUCACUAUUAACUAGUAUCGAAAUUGAAUACUCUAAAAAAAAUCCUAAAAAAAAAAAAGUUAAACCUCCAACAGAAGAAGAAUUAAAAGAAAUAAGCAAAAGACUUGAAGAAAAUAAAAAACGUAGUAUCGAAAUGAAAAAGUUAAAAGGAUUAUAA